AUGGAAAAAUUGCCGCGUCGUCGUCAGCGAGAACCGUUCAAUGAUCGUGUGGCGCUCGUUCACAUGCAUUUCUCAGCCGCGAUCGACUCCACCACCGUUCCUUCUUUGCGCCCAUCCACAUUUCCAUCCGACAACGACGACGCCGACAUCAACGUUAUUUGUGUGUCUGCCUCUGCAACAAGCACUUCGGUCAUAGUUCGUUCAAUAGCGGCGCCGCACAUCGCUUCUGUUGGACCGGUUCCUGACGCGCCCGGGCACGGCACGACGCCAGUUUCGAAUCCGUCGCCGACGACGACGUCGUCGCCAUCAUCGCCGCCGUCGCCGCGACCAACGCCUAGCCGAGCCAAGCUCCCCAAUCCGGAUUCUCCGCCGAGAUCGCCCCUAGCGAUCAGUCAAGCAUUGGCGAUCAAUUGA